GUAUAUGUGAGUUUAAAGGAGUUCAGCUCAGCUCAUCCCAGAUCUGCAGGUCCAUUUCCCUGAAAGCAUGGCUCAGCAAGAGUACAAGGAGCUCAGUGACAAACUCUUCACCUACAGAGGAGCGGUUUUCACUCUCGAUGAUAGAUAUUACCUGACCCCAGAGUACCUGGACAGUCUGGAGCAUUUUAAGAUCAGAGAUGACGACGUCUUUGUUGUCACUUUCCCUAAAUCUGGGACGGUGUGGACGCAGCGGAUCAUGACUCUGCUGUAUGAGGAGGAUUUCCCAGAGUCAAAGAAUCAGAUGACGCUUGAGCAGAUGCCGUGGCUGGAGUUUCUGCAGAAAGGACAUGAUUAUAACACCCGUCCAUCACCCAGACUCUUCUGCUCCCACCUGCACGAGCACCUGAUGCCCCGCGGCCUGCAGGGGAAAGGCAAGAUCAUCUACGUCACCAGGAACCCCAAAGACAUCAUGGUCUCGUACUUCCACUUCUCUAAGAUCAUGAAGAAGUUGGAGUGUCUGGACACGUACAACGACAUGCUGGACAAAUUCUUCACUGGAUGGAUGGUGGGCGGCUGCUGGUUUGACCACGUCAGAGGAUGGUACACCAACAGAGACAAAUACAACAUUCUGUUUCUCAGCUACGAGGAGAUGAUCAAGGACCUGAGGGCUGCGGUGGUCCGGAUUUGUGAGUUUGUGGGGAAGAACCUGUCGGACGCUGCCAUCGACAGUGUGGUGGAGAGAGCCAGCUUCAACUACAUGAAGGAAGACCCCAAAGCCAACUAUGAGUUCAUACCUGAGAGCGACAAGGUCCCCGGGAGGGGGAGUUUCCUCCGCAAAGGUACAGUGGGAGACUGGAGAAACUCUCUAACGGUGGCGCAGAACGAACGCUUCGACCGAGUGUUCCAGGAGAAGAUGAAGGACGUCCCUCUGGAGAUUGUGUGGGACCUCACUGAGCUAAAGGGCUGAAACUCAAACUCUGAUCAUGCCUCACUUUAUACUUACAGGAAUAACUUGGUAAAAAAAUCACAUGUACUCAAUUCUCCACUUUUCCAGAUGGUUCUUCAAGGGUUCUUUUGUGAAGACAGUGGUUCUACAUAGUGAACCACAUGGUGAAAUCAUUCUUCAGACUGAUGGAGAACGAGUCGUGCACCAGUUUAAAUCACCAUGAUAGAAAUCCAUUAGUCUAUUAGUCCUGUUAACCAUGUGGGCUAUCAUAGCAACCACCAGCUAUUACCUAGCAACCACAAGGGACACCAUAGAAACCACAUAGCAACACUUGAACAGCCACCAAGCAACACCCUGGCAAUCAUUUAUCACCACCUUUGCCACUACCUCAAAUUCCAUAGUAACCGUUCAGAACCUUUUUGAAAAGGGUUCUAUAUAGAACCAAAAAGCGUUCUUUUAUUGUAUACAAGCUUGACAUCGUAACAGAAGCAGAACCCUUUUUGAUGCUGUAUAGAUCUAUAUACAGCACAUUCUGCAUCAAUCUGAAACACCAUUACACCGUGGCAUGCGAAGGGUUCAUGGUUCUAUCUAGAACCACUGUCUUACUAAAAGAACCCUUGAAGAACCAAAAAAGAACUUUUUUAAGAGUGUCAAUCAGCCAAGACAUGUUUGGUGACCAAAUUUUGAUUCUUAAGCUUAACACUGGAGCUGCAAAGCUAAUGAUGCUAACACUAGAAGUCAAUAGUCACCCAAAUCUUUUCUGUAAAUGGAUCUCCAGAUCUUCCCUUAGCUCUGUCGAACUCGCACCCAGGUCUUCAUUACAGUGGGACCGAACUGAAGAUUCAUGAAUAGAAACAACAGAACCCUGCAGAACAGUCACUGCGUCCUAAACCACGUCUGCACCACCUUAAUGACGAGCUGGAUGUGAGUCUGACUGAGCUGAGAGCAGAUCUGGAGGUGUAUUUACAGAAAAGAUUUGGGUGACUAUUGACUUUUAGUGUUAGCGACAUUAGCUGCAUGGAUACUAAGCAUGUCCUGGCUGGUCUACAUCUGGGGGAGGUGGAGAACUCUGCACAUUUGAUUUUUCAUUGUUUGCAAACUGUAUAAAAUAUUUGUUUUCUGAACCUCUAAGAUUAGUAGAGCAGUAAUCUGCAUAUUCUGUUCAUAAAGAUCAACAAAAUCUUAA